CCUCACUCGCCCCUUCGAAGUCCGGAUUACUGAUUACGAUUCGCUUCCAUCGAUCUCCUUGCUCCCUGCCAUCGUUUCUAUCUGUUAUCCGCCUGUUUCCUUGUCUUGUGAAUACUCUCUCUUUCGUUUUUUCGCUCUGAUUUUCUUUAUGCCAUCCUCCUGUCAGAUUGCCGCUCUAAUUGGCUUAUGAUGAGUGCCCAGCGCUACCAACGUGUCAACGCUCACGAUGAGGAAGAGGAUGAUGAUCGUGUCGAAGCCUUCCCGGCCGUCCCCAAUCUAAACGCUCCCAUCCCCUCGUCGCCACCACCCUCGUUUCACUCUCGCUCUUCAUCCCCUUCAUCGCGUCGUCUUCUGCACGAGGACCCUCUGCGUGGCGCUACAAAUAAUGAUCUAGAAGACGCUUUUGACGAUGGCAACGGCUCAGAUGAUGACGAUGAGGUUGACGAUAGGCAGCGGUUGAUGAGGGGCGACCCAGUGGGAGCAGCCGCUGCAGAGACCAGUGUCGAAAGCCCGCAGUCUUCGUCAACACAAAGAAGGGUGACUUUGCUACCCACAUUCUCGUCAUCCGCAGCGUCUAGGGCCGUGGGCAUGGGUUCCUCCAAUGACGGCGUUUUCGCUAACCUGAAUGCUAAGCCUGAACGAGGCGAGAAGGAUGAGGAUCUUCCUCCUUCGUAUGAACAAGCCGCAGCGGAUGCGACCCCUCCCUAUUGGGAAACUACUAUCAUGGCACCUGGCAUGUCUUCUGAUGAGGUUUAUGUCGACGGAUUACCUGUUGGCUCAGUCUUCUCGUUUGUAUGGAACGGAAUGAUCUCUAUGUCGUUUCAGCUUGUUGGUUUUCUGCUCACGUAUCUCCUCCACACAACCCAUGCAGCCAAGAACGGCAGCAAAGCCGGUCUUGGCCUCACGUUGGUUCAGUAUGGCUUUUAUAUGAAGGGAAGCGGUGACCCUAGACCUGGGGACAGUGGCGAGGAAUACACACCGCCCCCCGACCCGAACAGCCAUGAUUUUGACCCCAAUUCCAUCGGAGAUAAUGCUGCCGCUGGGGUGGGCGCUCAGAAUGGCGAUUCAAACAGCGCUCUUUCUGCGAUUACGACCAACGAAUGGAUAUCUUACAUUUUGAUGAUUGUUGGAUGGUUCAUACUCAUUCGAUCCGUGAGCGAGUUCCUUCGCGCUCGCAAGCAUGAACAACUUGUCCUGCAAAGUCCAGACAGGGGUCUUAGCGUUCCUGUUAUUGCGGAAGGCGAAAGAUCCGAGACUGUUGUUUAAUGGAUUGUAUAUGAUGGCAAGCAGGUUGGAGCUUCGGAGUUGGAUUUGCUUUUUCACUAUUCUAAGGCCAUUGUGCAGCACGUCUGCUUUUCUUUACCGCAUCAUAGCUAUUAUUGGAAGAUACCACAUAUAUACAGGCACAACGGAUCAAUGCUCUAAUAUCAAAUAGUUGAUGGGCACAACUGUGAAAUUGA